AUGCGCUUGAUCUCCACAGUAAUCACUUUGACGGGUUUGUUGGCAUAUAGCCAAGCUCAACCUAUUGCUGCAUCUGGUGGUGGUAGCAGCAUGCAUGUUUCUUCUUUAGCCUCUGCUUCUGCUGCUGCUGCUAUUCAAAUGCCACCAGUGGCUGCUGCUUCCUCAUCGAUGGCUGCUGCUCCAUCAUCCUCAUCAGCAGCAUCCUUUGCCAAGCAAAGUAGUAGCCAAGCACCAUCAUCUGUUCCUAUUAGUAGAGUGGCUAGCGCCUCCUCUCAACAAGCCUCGUCUGUUGCAGCCCCCGUGUCCUCUUCCGCUGCUGGUAAACAAGCCUUCCCUCUACAUGCUGGUAAUCUCCCCCCUAUUGCCAUCCCAGUGGUAAUUGAUGAGGAUAAAGAACUCUUCCUUGAUGAUGGCAGCCUUUUCAAUGGUGGUGACGAUGACUCCUUUUGGAUGGAUGACCAAUAUUACUAUGUUGCGCACUAA